AACUUCGGAAAACACUCCUAUACUCUUUUGUUGCUUGUAGAUGCGGUGAUUUUUACUUCUUCCUUUCUCUUACGCAAAGGGUGGAAGAAGUUAAUGCGAAAUCCUACGCAUUGUAAUGCAUAGUCAUCAAUAGUUCCGCUUUCUGAUUGCCUAUUCGCAUGUGGAAUUAGUUUAGUGGGUAUCGUCUGCUCUUUUGGAUAACUUUGUUUGUGUUGAGUUGCUGUGUGCUUCUUAUGGAUUGAAUCGUUUGCUAAUGAAUUGAGUAUGAAUUCAGCUGUGGUCAGAAGGGAGAAAAGGACAUUAGCUCGAGACAUCUAGCCUAAGGACAUCUAGAGUAAUCGAGGAACUAAGGUUCUCUUAUCUACAUGCUACUCAUGCUGCCUUAACUCUUCCUUCUUAUAAACACUUAUUUUCAAACGGUGUAAUUCAUCAUGGCUAACUGGACUGAUUCAAACAGUACUGAUUCAUCACUUCUUCCGUACAUUACGAACGUAACGGACUCAUCAAGUGAAAUAUAUGACUUCAUAAACGAAACUUCUCAGGAAACCGAUACAAACUCUUCAUUUCCAGACGAUUUUAAAAACGGAACAAAAAACGAGGAAGUGCCGUUUUAUUUAAACUUUCGUGACGAGCCAUGGGUCAUACCACUGGUAGCCUUCUCGUUUUUCAACAUAGCUGUAAUAAUAAUAUUUGAAAUUUUUGUACUGUACAAAUCCUGUGGAGGACGUAGACACUUGUUUCUUGGACAAAUUUUGCUAUUAGGACUUUUCUUGUGCUCCGCUUUAGGGUUAAUCUAUGUACCGCAUCCACACUGGCUCUUCUGCGGGAUCACUCGAGUCGGUGUUGGAAUAGCUUAUGCCAUCGUUUUUGGAACACUGCUGGUGAAGUGUGUAUUUUUGCUGAAGUUGAACCAUGGAGUGUACUUCAACGCAUCUUUUCAGGCUCUGUUGCUGUUUUUCAUUAUCGCUGUCGAGGUUGCCAUUGUAAUCCAGUGGCUGGUUUAUCAACCUCCUCAAACAAGCUCUUGGACAUACGCUGGAGAACAUUCAAUAGUUUGCGAAAAAUCACCGCUGGAGAGAAUUACGUAUCUGACAUAUGUUAUGUUUCUCCUGUUUCUGGUGAUUGUAGCAUCCAUCCGGGCUAGAUCCAUUAAAGACAAUAAUAGGGAAGCCCUUUACAUUGGUAUUUCGAUCGGAAUAUCAUUGGUAAUUUGGGUAGCAUGGAUCUCAGUGGCAAUAAUAUUUGACAGAAGGUACGGAGCACCUGCUGAAGCCUUUGGGCUUGUUUGUACAGCUAUUCUCGUCUUUUUAUUGAUAUUCAUUCCAAAAGCAAUUCAGUUGGCGUCUCCAAGAGGCAACAUGGGCUCUGGGUCCACAGUAGGCAGCCAUUCUGUGAUCCAUACUCCAUCCUUUUAUCACCUUCAACCACAAGCUGUGAUGCCCAGCAGUACCAAUGGAACACUUAUCAAGCAAUCCAACAUGAAUGCAGAUUUCUGUCGUGGAUUCCCGGAUAGAAUUUGGACGUAUGAUUAUCCAAGCUUCAGAAGAGGCACACCACCUGCAAUUGCAAUUUCUGAUAUGAACUCUUUAAAGAAAUCAAAUGGUUCUUCAUUUAACCACUCUAACCUCUACUAAUCAUAUUUUCUAUUAUUGUUUGAGCUAUUGUAGAACAACCCACAGUUUGAGUUUUUUCGUUAGUAUCUGCUUAACCACAUUGAUUGUGUUCGUGAAGUAAUCAUCACUGUUAUUAUUAGACUACAUCAAGGGCAUUCAAAUCAAUUGCGUCAUUUUUCAUCAAAGUUAAACUGUUUUAAACAUUUGCACUCAAAAGAUGACAGUCAGUAAUUGUUUCUAUGUUUUCAAUAUUCACCAACCUGAAUUCUAAAAAAAUAUGAUCACCUAUUAUUUAAUUUUCCUUCUUUUUUACACUGUGUUAAGCAUUUGCACUCAAAAGCUGACUCUCAAUAAUUUUUUCUAUGCAUGCAAUGUUCACCAACUUGAAUUUCAGAAAUUUGAAAAUCAGUUAUUAAUUUUAUCAAUGUUCAUAAUUUCUUCACAAUGUUCAUUUGCACUAAAAACAACCAUUCUCAUGCAUGCAAUAUACACCAACAUAAAUUUUAAAAAACUGAAGAUAAAUAAUGAUGGAAAACGACAUAAUUGAACUAUGUUAACCAUUUGCACUCAAAAGAUUCCACUGUAUAAAUCGUUUCCAUGCAUGCAAUAUUUACCAACCUGUAUUUUUAAAAUUUGAACAUCAAUAAUCAAUUAUGUCACUUUCCUCAUUAUUAAACCAUGUUAACCAUUUGCACUCAAAAAUUGACUCAAUAAUCUUUCCCAUGCAUGCAAUAUUCACCAGUCUGUAUGGUAAAAAUUUUAACAAUUUUGACAAUAUUUAAUCUUAAUCUCUUAACUAUCUUAAUAUUUAAUAACUAUUUUAUUUCCUGAUUGUUUGCUAUUAGGUGUAAAAUUGAUUAAGUUAACGCUAUGCUUUUUAAAAUCAUUACUAUUUAAUCCUUAUUAAUAAUAUUGAUUAAAUACUACCAGUGCAAAUAUUAAAAUUCAACUAUUAUUUACAUUAGUAGGAUCUUAAUCAUUCAUAACUUCAACAUAUCUUUUAGUAUUAACAUUGUACAGAGAUUUUGAUCAAAAGCUGUCUUUGUACACCACUGUUAUUGACUUCGUAUGAUCACGAAUUUUCAGAUAAAACCAUUUAUUAUAAAUACGAAACCACAUUAAUUUUUAAUAAAAUACUCUCCUGCCAAUAACUGCAAAAUAAUGGAGGUUAUAAUGAUAGCAAAUUUCAGAAAAAUAGUUUAAUAGGAAGAUCAAAAUAUUAUUCAUAAUUUCAAUUAAAACCGUGAGGACAAGUCGACCUCAUUGGCAAGAUAAAUUUAAAUUUUUAAAAUGCAACUUUACUUGCUCUUCUACUAAAUACCAUUCAUAGAAACAGAAAAUUAGAUAAAUUAUGGAGAAGUAAAUUCACCAUUGUUUGAAUUGAAAAAAUAAGUCUCUGCUCGUAUUUUAAUGCGUAUUUUUAAAGUGUUAUUAUUAUUGAAACUCUUUUGUUUUGAGCUUUAGUGAAUAAAAUUGAUUUUUAACAUGAA